AUGCUUUACUUUAACACUAAGCAUUUCGGCAUCCGCUCUGGGGAGGCUCAUAGCCGCCUGUCUUUGCGACAUUUCAUGCCUAGUGUCGAGGAGGAUCUGUCAAGUGUUGCCUCAAAAGCUCAUCAUUGGCCUAUAGAGCCAAUUAACGUCUGUCUUCCAAACGAAUUGUUGGGCGGAUUGCCUGGUGAUACUAGUCUAAUGGCCCUUGAGGCGGGUGAAAAUGAACACCGAAGUCCUGUACGCCUGCUCUACUUUUAUGUUACCAAAUGGUAA